AUGGAGCUAGGCCGAGACUCGUUCCGGUUGCCUGAAAAGCGUCGAUCGGGAAAUGAUUCUUGGUUUGCCAAUUUUGUCACUCGAAGCGAAAGAAAUUUCGCCGCCCACCUCCUCCACCCCUCCUCUCCCACCAAAAUACACUCAUGUCCGCAAUGGCGCGCGUUGCAACACCGCCACCGUUACACUUACAACGCCGUCGUUUCCCCUUCAUUCUUCACAGACUUCUUAACCAAUUCUUAACAUCAUCAUCCACAACAACACAACAACAACAAACUCUUUUUCAAACUUUACGAUGACUUAAAAAGUUAGCAUCACUCAACUCUCAUACUCACAAGUUAUCACGCAAGAAACUCGCUUCAUCUUUCACUGAUUGCUCUUAUCCAGUGUUGUGAGUCUUUGAUCCCGAAAGCUACGCGGGGGUACUUAGAAGUUUUGUUGGAGAAUUCUUCUCCAUUGCAUAGAACUUUGGUUUCUGCUUUGGGGAAACAAAAGUUUGAGUCUUUGAUUGGUUCUUGUUUUCGUGAGCUUUGCAGAUAUGGCGGCAAGAAGAGGUUUUGUGUGUCACGUGUGGCUUUGUCUGUAAUGGGUAUGCCAAAGUUGGGGUUUUUAGUUGAUGUGAUUGAAGAUUGUGCCGUUUUAUCUGAGGAUGUCGUUUUGGGGUUGAAUAGUGUGAUUUUGGAGGUUCAAGAGUGGGCUAGUCCUUCUCCUAUAGUUAUGGAGCAGUGCCAGGAAGGUUUGUCCUGUUUUUAUUAUUUGCUUCAGCGGUUUCCAGCUAAAUUUAGGGACCUGAGUGGUGCUGAUAGUGGCUCUGGAGGUCAAGAAUUGAAGGUUUUGGAGAAGGGUUUUGGGGUUUUGAUAAGUAUCUUGAAAUCAGUGGCGUUUACGAGAGAUUGUUUCGUGGCGGCUGGGGUGGCACUUUGUGCUGCUUUACAAGUGUGUUUGAGUCCUCAAGAGCUUGGUUCGUUCAUCAUUGAAGGUAUUUUUUGUCAAGCAAAUUGUAAUCUUAGUGAUAAUGAUUGUAAGAGUGAGUUUGAUGAUGCGAUUGGGAAGGUUCCUUAUAAUGGAGAUGUUUGUAGUGAAAUACUUAGUUUUUCGGUGUUGAGUAGACUUUGCUUGAUUCGAGGGAUACUCACAGCUGUUUCGAGAAAUGUACUCAACAUCCCCUUUUUUGGGUCAUCGAAUAAUUUAAAUGUUGGCAGGAAUAGUGGUAGUUCUGUGAUGACUAUAUUGUAUAAUGGGAUUUUGCCUGAGUUGUGUGAUUACUGUGAGAGCCCAACUGAUAGUCAUUUUAACUUUCAUGCAUUAACUGUGAUGCAAAUAUGUUUGCAACAAAUAAAGACCUCAAUUUUAGCUAAUUUAACCAAUACAUCGGAUAAUUAUGAUCCAAUUCCAGAGGAUAUGGGGGCACGGAUAUUGAGAAUCAUAUGGAAUAACUUGGAGGAUCCUCUGAGUCAAACAGUCAAGCAAGUUCAUCUUGUUUUUGAUUUAUUCUUAGAUAUUGAAUCCACUCUUCGUUGGGGUGAGGGUGGUGAGAGAAUAAAAUCUUUCUUACAAAAGAUUGCUUUUGAUCUUCUUCGCCUAGGACCACGGUGUAAGGGGAGAUACAUUCCCUUGGCUUCACUGACUAAGAGAUUGGGGGCAAAAACUAUGUUGGAUAUGAGUCCUAACCUGUUGUUUGAAACAGUCCAGGCCUAUAUUGAUGAUGAUGUGUGCACUGCUGCCACAUCUUUCCUGAAAUGUUUCCUUGAAUGCUUACGUGAUGAGUGUUGGAGUUCUUAUGGUAUUGAAGGGGGCUACGCAGUUUAUAGAAGGCACUGCUUGCCUCCUUUUUUGUAUGGACUUGCUUCCGGAGCUUCAAAGCUACGCUCCAAUUUGAAUACUUAUGCCCUUCCAGCUAUUUUAGAUGUGGAUGUGGAUGGUGUUUUUCCUAUGCUUGCCUUCAUCUCGGUUGAGUCCAGUGAGGAGGAGAAUGGAUUGUCAUAUCCAAAGCUUGAUUGUACGGACAUGGAACUCAAAGUUGAGCAGCAAGUAGCUGUUUUAGUCUCCUUGCUUAAGGUAUCCCGUGCACUUGCUUUAAUUGAAGGAGAUAUCGAUUGGUGGAAAAAUUCUGCUGUGCUAAGCACAGAGAGUGUGUUGGAAACUGAAUGCAAUGAUCAUUAUGCUCUUGUCUGCAUUAAGGGAAUAAAGUUUAAGGUCGUGGUUGACUGGCUAGUGUUGGCGCUGACCCAUAUUGAUGAGUCACUCCGUGUAGAUGCUGCAGAGUCUCUUUUCCUAAAUCCCAAGACAGCUAGUCUGCCUUCCCAUUUAGAACUAACUCUGAUGAAAGAAGCUGUGCCAUUGAACAUGAGGUGUUGCUCAACAGCAUUUCAGAUGAAGUGGACAAGCUUGUUUAGAAAGUUUUUCUCUCGAGUUCGAACUGCCUUGGAGAGGCAAUUCAAGCAGGGUAUCUGGCAACCUAUUGUGUCCUGCAGAAACAAUGAUGAGUCAUGCAAUGGAACAGAGGAAACUGUAAUUAGUAGAGCUGAGGAUCUAUUUAAUUUCAUGAGGUGGUUGAGCAGUUUUCUAUUUUUCUCAUGCUAUCCUUCUGCACCUUAUAAGCGAAAAAUAAUGGCCAUGGAGCUUAUUCUGACAAUGGCAAACGUUUGGUCUAUCACACCUUCUCAAGAAAAGCCUGGUUCUGUCUCUCCUGAAAGUUGCCUUUAUCCUUACAAUAAAGGAAUCACUUCACCAGAUUCAACACUAGUGUUAGUUGGAUCAAUUAUUGAUAGUUGGGACAGGCUGAGGGAGAGUUCUUUUCGCAUAUUACUGCAUUUUCCUAACCCACUACCUGGCAUUUCAAGUGAAGACAUGGUCCAAAAGGUAAUAGCAUGGUCUAAAAAAUUAGUUUGUAGUCCACGUGUGAGGGAGAGUGAUGCUGGAGCGCUAACUUUACGGCUUAUGUUUAGGAAGUAUGUCUUGGAUCUUGGGUGGAUAGUCAGAGCUUCAGACAUUGUUUGUUUUCCUUGGCAGCCUCAGCGGGGAAAUAGAGAUGAGCAGGUUUCUAAAUCUAGGCCACCUGUUAUAGAAUAUGUGAAAUCACUAAUUGAUUGGUUGGAGGUUGCAGUAGAGGAGGGAGAGAAGGAUCUUUCUGAAGCCUGUAAGAACAGUUUUGUUCAUGGUAUAUUACUUGCUCUCCGAUAUACUUUCGAGGAAUGGGAUUGGAGUUCCGAUGCCAUGUUGUUGGGUUUUUCAGAGAUGAGAUGUGUAUUAGAGAAGCUAUUGGAGCUGGUCAUGCGAAUAACUUCACUGGCACUUUGGGUGGUUUCUGCAGAUGCUUGGUAUCUGCCUGAGGACAUGGAUGACAUGAUUAAUGAUGAUACUUUCUUGUUGGAUGUCUCCGAGGAGGUGGAUGGGCCCACACAUGCUUUAGAGCAGGAAGAUAAGAAAUCAAAACCUACAGAAGAUGCAAGGUCAUCAGAACAGAUUGUUAUGGUUGGUUGCUGGCUGGCGAUGAAAGAGGUGAGUCUUCUUCUAGGAACCAUCAUAAGAAAAAUUCCUUUACCAAGUAAUGAUUGUUCGGAUUCAUUAGAGUCUGAGACUCGUUUUUCCAAUGAUGCUGAUGUUUCAGUGAUGACAAUCUCUAAUCCAAUGCUUGACUUGAAACAACUUGAAAAAAUUGGGAACCAUUUCUUGGAAGUUCUUUUGAAGAUGAAGCAUAAUGGAGCAAUUGAUAAGACAAGGGCUGGGUUUACAGCUCUUUGCAACCGCUUACUUUGUUCGAAUGAUCCAAGACUUUGUAGGUUGACUGAGUCUUGGAUGGAGCAACUUAUGGAAAGAACUGUGGCCAAGGGACAAAUAGUGGAUGAUUUGUUAAGAAGAAGUGCAGGUAUUCCUGCUGCUUUCAUUGCCCUAUUUCUUGCAGAACCAGAAGGUGCACCAAAGAAGCUUCUCCCACGGGCACUUCGGUGGCUAAUAGAUGUAGCUAACAGGUCUUUGCUGAACCUAAUUGAAACCAAAGGCGUAAAAAAUGAAUCUCAAUGUUUAUUGGAAAAUUCAAACCAAGAGACGGAAUCUGCAUUGUCACCUGAGAUGAAUGCAACUUUCAAAUCGUCUAAGAUUCGAGAUGAGGGUGUCAUUCCAACGGUACAUGCAUUCAACAUCCUUAGAGCUGCAUUUAAUGAUACCAACCUGGCUACUGACACCUCUGGUUUUUCUGCCGAAGCUUUGAUUGUUUCAAUCCGCUCAUUCUCUUCUCCAUACUGGGAAAUUCGGAACAGUGCUUGUCUCGCAUACACUGCCUUGGUACGUCGCAUGAUUGGAUUUCUUAAUGUUCAAAAACGAGAAUCUGCAAGGCGUGCACUAACUGGGCUCGAAUUUUUUCAUAGGUACCCCUCAUUGCAUCCAUUUAUAUUCAAUGAACUGAAAAUUAUAACUGAGUUGCUAGGCGACACCUCAUCUGGUCAAUCAGAAUCCAACUUGGCAAAUGUUGUGCACCCAAGCUUGUGCCCCAUGCUGAUUCUUUUAUCUAGGCUCAAACCUUCACCCCUCGCAAGUGAAAGUGGGGAUGACCUGGAUCCUUUCCUUUUCAUGCCAUUUAUCAGAAGGUGCUCAACCCAAAGCAAUCUAAAAGUUCGUGUUCUUGCAUCCCGCGCUUUAACAGGACUGGUAUCUAAUGAGAAACUGCCUGUUGUCCUUCAGAAUAUAGCAUCUGAAUUACCUUAUGUUGAAGACCAUAACACAGCUGCUCCUGCUUCCUCUUCGUGCCCAACCUCUGGAACCCACCAAGCUAACUCCAAUUUAAUUCAUGGAAUUCUAUUGCAGUUAGGUUCUCUUCUGGAUGCAAACUGUAGAAACUUAGGCGAUUCCUCGAAGAAGGAUCAAAUUCUUGGUGACUUAAUCAAAGUUCUUGGGAGGUGUUCAUGGAUUGCAAGCCCCAAAAGGUGCCCUUGCCCCAUCCUCAAUGCCUCUUUCUUAACAGUGCUUGAUCACAUGCUCAGUAUUGCAAGAACAUUCCGUAUAAGCAGUAGUUUUUAUGCCGUACGCAACCUACUUUUGGAGUUAUCUACUGAGUGCUUAGAUGUUGAAGCUUCUUACGGGCUGUCAUAUUAUGAUCCAACAAUUGCUGAACUUCGGGAACAAGCGGCUAAAUCCUAUUUCAGUUGUGUUUUUCAGGCAUCUGAAGAAGCAGAUGAAGAAGUUUUUCAGAUGCCACAGAGAUGUUCUCCACUUGAUUCAAAGUUGUCGAAGAUACCUGAAAUGGAGAAUUCUUUUGCUGGACUCCUGGAGAGGCUGGUCCGUUGCUUGUCAGAUUCAUCUUAUGAAGUUCGACUUGCAACAUUAAAGUGGCUUCUUAAGUUCUUGAAAUCAACAAAAUCAGAUAGUGAAGUCUGUGACUUGUCAAGCAGUGAAGUACGGAACAUUCAGAACUGGACAAAAAGUAACCUGCAGGACACAUUGAUAGACCGUUUAGAGUUGGACAAGAAUCAUAGAUGUACAAAUUACAUACUGAGGAAUCUUUUCACUUGGAACUUUCUGCAGUUUCAGAAAGCCAGCAAUGAAGUACAAAUAAUUUAUGUUGGAGGGAUGGAUUGUGAUUCUGUUUUUCAGCUUUGGGAUAGGCUGAUAUCCUUGUAUGAGCUCACAAGACAUACUAAAACUAAAGAGGCUCUCAUCAAGUGUUUGGCAAUAUGCAUACGGCAGUUUGCAGGUAUAUAUACAAGCUCAGUUCUUGAUUUAGAGAAGAAGAAAACCAGGGAGUUCAGUGAGUCAGAUCAUUUGGAAAGAUCAGCCCGUUUAUAUGCUUGCAUUAAUGCUUUUGUUGACAUAAUUAAAGAGCAUAGUACCUCAUCAGAGCCGGUGAACAUGCGCAAGGCAGCAGCUGAAUCUAUAGGAGCAUCUGGUUUGCUGGAACAAGCCGAAUUUGUGGGUCCUUAUGUGGUCAACCACCAAAUUCCCCCUGAAAGUUUAGGUACGCAUUUCAAACCACAAGAAUCCAUUAAUAUGUAUGCUCGUCAAGUACUAGAGAUAUGGUUUGCAUGUAUCAAACUACUGGAGGAUGAAGAUGAUGGGAUUAGACAAAGGCUUGCCAUGGACGUCCAGAAGUGUUUUCAUUCAAAAAGCUACAGAAAUGGCUCUCAUGCGGGAGGGGCUCCAACCCAAGUGGAAAAAGUUAUUGAAUCAAGUUUUCAGUACCUAUCCUCCAUCUUCGGUUGCUGGAUCGAAUAUACUGAAUCCCUUCUGCAAUGGGUGCUUAAUGCAGCAAGCCAUGUGGUAUCCGAAGGGGAUCUAGUAAGGCGGGUUUUUGACAAGGAAAUUGAUAAUCAUCAUGAAGAGAAGCUUUUAAUCAGUCUAUUAUGUUGCUCUCAAUUAGAGAAGAUUCCUAUUUCAAAAUCUUGGACUGUUGACACAUCGAACAAAGAUCGAAUCAGAAACUAUUUACUUGGUUGGAGGAAGAGAUUUUGGCAUCAGUUAAUGUCAUUUGCAAAGGAUCAGAUUAGCAGGCAGGGAGGAAUUUAUUGGAUUGGUGGUGUUGGUAACCAUAAGGAUUCAUUUCUACCAGUUUAUGCAAAUCUGCUUGGUUUUUAUGCACUCUCAAACUGCAUUUUCAAUGGGGAAAUUGAAGAUGGUAUGUCUCUACUAUCCGAUGUCGUCGAACUUGGUAAAAUUAUCAGUCCAUUUAUUAGGAACCCUUUGAUUCACUACCUGUAUUUGUUAGUAGUUAAAUUACAUGAGAAAAAGAUUGGUGCUUCUACUGAACAAACAGUGGAAUUCACAAAUGACAUGAUUUGGGAGGCUUUUGACCCCUAUUUUCUUCUUAGAUAAGAUUGAAAGCAGCCACUUUGUAUAAUAGCAUUGUAAUUCAUAAAACAAUGAUUGAAAGAGGAAUUGUAAAAUUUUGAAGCCAUAAUUGAUUCUUUUUUUUUCUCCCACAUAAGUAGUCCAUAGUAAUCUCUUGUAUGCUUUACAAACAAUGCCUUGAGAGCCUGUGUGAG